ACUCGGACGGCCUCCCGAGGUUGUUUGUAAAACAGAAUUCAGCCAUUCGCUGAACGUCUCAUCCAACCUGUGUUUGAUCAGGCUAUCAGUGAGUUAACUCCAGGCCUGUGGAGAGAAUUGACCCUGAAAUGAGUCUAACAUACAGUAGAUAGCAGGGUCAAAAGAGUGCCUUGUUUUUAUUCUGUUUUGUCUUUUUGAAUUAGUUUGCACGCUGUAGUAGCAGAGAUAAGCCAUGGCUUCAAACAGACCAGUUAAUAUCGUCUUUGUUGGCGCCGGCGCCGUGGGCUGCUUUUAUGCCUCGAGACUUCACCACCCCAAAGAGAACGUCAAUGUCUCUCUCAUCGCCAGAUCCAACUACCCAGUCCUAGUUCGCUCUGGCGUGCGCAUGCUCACACACUCAUUUGGGGAUUAUACUUUUGUGCCAGCAGCUGUCUACUCAUCAGUCUCGGCUGCCUCUCCCACAGCAGCAGAUCAAUCAUCUUCAGCAGGGGCCCAGCCACCCAAGGAGGGAUGGGACUAUGUCAUUGUCACCACCAAGGCCUUGCCAGACCGUGUCGAUGACGCGGCUACCAUUGCACCACUCGUCACUCCCGGGAAGACGUGCAUAGUACUCAUCCAGAACGGCGUAGGCGUCGAGGCACCCUACCGGUCCAGGUUCCCCAGCAACCCCAUCGUCAGCGCCGUCACCGUGGUCAGCGCCGAGCUCGUUGAUCCGGGCACAGUCCGCCAGAACCGCUGGACACGCCUCUACCUGGGCCCCUACGUCAACUCAGCCUCAUACUCGGACGACGCCGAGGGUAAAUCCGGCUCCAGUCAGAUCACCACCGAAAUGGGCCGCAAACUCGGAGAUGCGGGCUCUGCAUGCGUCAUGGCCUUGACUGACUGGUGGACGAGGCUGGGGAGCAUAAAGGACGUUGAGUCGCACGCAGGCGACGAGCUAGGUCUGCAGACGGUGCGGUGGCACAAGCUCGUCAUCAACGCGGCCUUCAACCCGUCCUCGGUCCUCAGCGGCGGCCGCAAUAACGCCCACAUGGCCACAGACCCGGAGCUGCGGCGGCACCUGCGCGGCAUCAUGGAUGAGAUCUUCGCCGCCGCCCCGCGCGUCCUGGGUCGCCCUUUCCCUCCGGACCUGGCGGCGCCCGAAAAGAUCUUGGCCAGCAACGAGCGCAACAAGGGCUCCAAGGGCCCCAGCAUGCUGCUCGACUGGCAGGCCGGGCGACCGCUCGAGCUCGAGGUCAUCGUCGGCAAUCCGGUCCGCAUCGCAAGGGCCAAGGGCGUCGAGAUGCCGAGGCUGCAGAGCGUGUAUGCGCUGCUGAAGAGCAUGCAGGAUGCGAGGGAUCAAGCCAAGGCGAGCGGUCAGGACAGGGGGAAAUUGUAAGCCUUGGACUAAGGCGGUAUAUGUAUGGCCAUAAAGACAUUGAGUCCAUGCAAGGAAGGGUACGAUCAAUAUGCUGCAGUCAUUAUAAUAUCCCUACCUGUAUAUAAAUCUAGCGUUACUAUAGAAAAGAAAAGAAUUCUCGAAUGGCCACAUGUAUAUGAUAUCCUGCCCCCUUGUGGCUUUAGACUAUCUAGUCACUAUGACAACUGCG